UAAUAUUUGUUAUUUUAAAUUUUAUAUAAAACAAACUUUAAAUCGGGAGUGACGUCUUACUUGCCACGAAGUACCAACAGCAAGGUCCGUUGCCAUAGUAACUCCAGAGAGAGGGCGAGACUGCUCUGCUCACGUGACCCAGCAAGAUGGCGACCACACAAUGCAGAAUGGAUUUGACUGAUUUAAACUGAGUGGCUCCGUUUUGCUGGGAAUUUGGAUCUGCUGGUUAAAUUGUUCAUCAUAAUCAUCAUCAUAUCACAGAAUCAAGAUGGCCCUAAAUGUCUUUGACCAUGAUGAAUACAGGCCACCAGUGUGGAAGUCUUACUUGUACCAGCUCCAGCAGGAGGCACCUCACCCACGCAGACUCACCUGCACCUGUGAGGUGGACAACCGACCUAAAUACUAUGGAAGAGAGUACCAUGGGAUGAUCUCAAGAGAAGAGGCCGACCAGUUGCUGAGUCAGGCCGAAGGCAGCUACCUCAUCAGAGAGAGUCAGAGACAGCCGGGCACCUACACACUGGCUCUAAGGUUUGGGAACCAGACAAGAAACUUCCGUCUCUACCAUGACGGGAAGCACUUUGUUGGAGAGAAGAGGUUCGAGUCCAUCCACGACCUGGUCACAGACGGCCUCAUCACACUCUACAUUGAGACAAAGGCAGCGGAGUACAUUGCUAAGAUGACCAUAAACCCCAUCUAUGAACAUGUGGGCUACACCACCCUGAACCAGGAGCCCACCCUGAAAAAACACCUGCCACAAAGUCCCGAGGCCCCCGAUGGACCCGCACCGGCCAAAGACGAGUGUAACGCUGAGGAGAGGCUCACGUCGCUGGUGCGGCGGGCCACCCUGAGGGAGAGCGACUUGGCACCCAAAUAUGAGAAGGUCCACAACUUCAAGGUUCAUACAUUCAGAGGCCCCCACUGGUGUGAGUACUGUGCCAACUUCAUGUGGGGUCUCAUCGCCCAGGGAGUCAAGUGUGCAGACUGUGGGUUGAAUGUCCAUAAGCAGUGCUCCAAAGUCGUGCCGAACGACUGCCAGCCGGACCUGCGGCACGUCAAGAAGGUGUACAGCUGCGACCUGACCACGCUGGUCAAAGCCCACAACACCAAGAGGCCCAUGGUGGUCGACAUGUGCAUACAGGAAAUCGAGGCGAGAGGUCUCCAGUCAGAGGGUUUGUACAGAAUAUCAGGCUUCAGUGAGCUGAUUGAAGAUGUCAAGCUGGCCUUUGACAGAGAUGGAGAGAAGGCGGACAUUUCCUCAAACGCUUACGAGGACCUCAACAUUAUCACUGGAGCCCUCAAGCUCUACUUCAGAGAGCUGCCUAUUCCCCUCAUCACAUAUGAUGCCUACCCACGCUUCAUAGAAACAGGAAAGAUUGCAGACCCAGAAAAACGUCUGGAGUCUCUCCACGAGGCCUUGAAGCUGCUGCCGCCAGCUCACUGCGAGACGCUGCGAUACCUCAUGGCUCACCUCAAGAGAGUGACCGAGUACGAGAAGGAAAACCUCAUGUCCAGCGAGAACCUGGGUAUCGUCUUCGGCCCGACACUGAUGAGGGCCCCUGGGCUGGACGCCAUGACGGCGCUCAACGACAUCCGAUACCAGAGACUCGUGGUGGAAUCGCUCAUUACCAACGAAGACGUGUUGUUCUGAGAGGAGCAGAGGGAAACAAUUCUUCCAACGAGGAGAGGAAGGACAGACAGAUUAGGAAGCCCUCCUGUGAAAAGAUGGAAGAAAAGUUGACUUAUUGCAAGAAAAUGAAGAAGGAACACGCAAGAUACCUGGAAGUUGUGUCUUGAUAGAGAGGACAACAAGGAGUGUUUUUGUAAGGAGUGAAUGGAGGGAAGAAUGAAGGAAGUGACUAUUUGCAGUGAAGGAAUUGAUUAAAAAACACGGUGGAGAAGAAGUAGAUGGAAGGAUGCAGUGUUUCCCUACAUUUUAAAUGCAAAACUCAGUCAACAGACUAGAAGCUUCCACAGAAGAUCAAAAAUGUUUAAUGGUGUACAAAAAUUGCCCAGCCUUACUUGAUAGAAUGAAAAGAGAAAUAGGUUCUCUAUCCUAAGGAGAAAUGAUUAUCAACAUUGCAACAACAUGACUUUAUCUCUGUAGGGAAAACACUGUGCGAUCCAUCUUUAUGUUAAAAUCUUUCUUAAAUGGAUGCCUUUACAGUUGUUAGUUUUCUUCACCAGACUUAUUUUAAAAAUCAGCUACAUUAAAAAAGCGUUUCUUAGCAUUGUUUGCAUUAAGACACAGAAACCGAAUGAGCCACAAGCUUCUAAACAAGUAUCACAGAGUGAUUUCAGUGAAAAAUGCAGUAAUGCUCCUUUCUAAUCAGUGUUUCCCUCCAACUCUGGUGGUAAGAGAUUAGUUAGUUUGCUUUGUGUCCCAUAGUGUCAAGAUAAAAUCCUCCUCAAGAGAAGAAGAAGCACUGACUUCAUAACAGUAGACAGCUGAAUGAAUGAAUGAAUGAAUGAAUGAACGAUUGGAAAAAGGGAACCACUCACCCAUAAUGCUAACUCAUUCCUCUGAAUGGAGCUUAAGUGACUUGGACCUACUAUGUUUUUAUUCCUCUUUUCAACCUCUUUACUUUUCAGCUCCCUCUUCUGUUCCAUUGACUGAAGUGUAAUUAUACACUAGUCAUUUUACACUAAGUAGUUUUUAGUUGCUUGCAUAGAAAAAACAAUACAGACUUACUCUCGUUUGUGUCAUAUUAUAAGCUUUUGUUGCUGUAUAAUUACAUAACUACUGAUGGAGCAUUAUAUUAAAUGGUUUAACUUUUUUUUU